AUGGAAUUCCAAUCUGCCUGUGCUUUCCUUCAAAAUCAUCCCCGUUCCACCCAGUUUUAUCCUCAACUUCAUCCCGUUUCCAAGCUCAAAAAACAAAGGUCCAGCUUUCAGAUUGAGUUCAAAUCUUUUUGGCCUCAUUUAAAGAGAAGAGGAGUGGUUAUAUGUGGUGCUGAUUUGAAUUCAUCAAGGAAGUUGGGUUUUCGCGUAAAUGCUAGCAAGAAUUCGGAACCUUUUCGCGGUAAAUCUGGGUCUGUUUCGUUUGUCAAUAUAACUCACCAAUCUGUUGAAGAAAGUCAAUUGGUAUCAACUCCGUUUAAGGAAAACACUGGCUCCUUACUUUGGGUUUUGGCUCCAAUUGCAUUGAUUUCGUCACUGAUUGUUCCCCAAUUCUUCAUUGUCAAUGCCAUUGAAGAUUUCAUAAAGAAUGAGGUUCUUGCAGAAAUUGUCUCUUCAUUUUCUACUGAGGUCGUUUUUUAUGCUGGACUUGCAAUAUUUCUGCUAGUAACCGACCAUGUUCAGAAACCAUUUCUGCAGUUUAGCCCAAAGAGGUGGAGUCUUAUCACAGGCCUGAGAGGAUACUUGACAUCUGCAUUCUUUACCAUGGGCUUCAAGAUUUUUGCCCCACUCCUAGCAGUUUAUGUCACCUGGCCAGUGCUGGGCUUACCUGCAUUGGUUUCAGUACUUCCUUUCUUAUUUGGCUGUUUGGCUCAAUAUUUAUUUGAGAGACGUCUUGACAUGAAGGGAUCAUCCUGCUGGCCGUUAGUGCCUAUUAUCUUUGAGGUUUAUAGGAUAUAUCAGUUGACAAGGGCUACCAGUUUCAUGGAGAAGUUAAUGUUCGCAAUGAGGGGCGCAUCUGUAACCCCCACAGUUUUGGACAGAACUGGUGCAUUAGUUUCCAUGAUUACGACUUUCCGUGUCCUAGGUUUGGUUUGUCUUUGGUCCUUGCUAACAUUUCUACUUAGGCUCUUUCCAUCUAGACCAGUUGCAGAGAACUACUGA